GCUCGGGCCACCCUGCGCCGCGGGUGGGACGACAGAGCGACCCUGCGCCGGGCAGGCCGCCCCCCCAGUGUGAUGGAGAUCCCCAUGCCGGUCCCCAUCUGUCUGAUCGAGAACAGCCCAGCGGGGGAGCUGCGGGUGCAGCAGGAGGCGCUGCGGGUGCUGGCGGAAAUCUCCCAGCCCGUGGUGGUGGUGGCCAUCGCCGGGCUGUACCGCACCGGCAAGUCCUACCUCAUGAACCGACUGGCCAGCAAGAGAACAGGGUUCUCGCUGGGCUGCACCAUCCAGUCGCACACCAAGGGCAUCUGGAUGUGGUGCCUGCCCCACCCCCACCCCUGCCGGGCCGGCCACACCCUGGUGCUGCUGGACACCGAGGGGCUGGGCGACGUGGAGAAGGGCGACGGGAAGAACGACACGUGGAUCUUCGCGCUGGCUGUGCUGCUCAGCAGCACCCUGGUCUAUAACAGCAUGGGCACCAUCAACCAGCAGGCCAUGGACCAGCUGCACUACGUGACGGAGCUGACGGAGCGCAUCAAGGUGAAGGUGGCAGGCGAGGGCGGCCGGCAGGAGGGGGAGGAUUCGGCCGAGUUCGUGCGGUUCUUCCCGGCCUUCGUGUGGGCCGUGCGGGAUUUCACGCUGCAGCUGCAGCUGGACGGGCGGGAGAUCACCGAGGACGAGUACCUGGAGAACGCCCUGAAACUAAAGCCAGGCAACAGCCAGCGAGCCCAGCUCUACAACCUGCCCCGCGAGUGCAUCCGCCAGUUCUUCCCGGCCCGGAAAUGCUUCGUCUUCAUCCAGCCGGCCAGCAGGAGGGACCUGGCCCGGCUGGAGGAGCUGCAGGAGGCCGAGCUGGAGCCCGAGUUCCGGGAGCAGGUGGCCCGGUUCUGCCACCACAUCUGGGAGAAGUCGAAGCCCAAGACCAUCCCAGGCGGCCAUGUGGUGACUGGGGCCAUGCUGGGGAACCUGGCGGUGACCUACGUGGAUGCCAUCCGCAGCGGGGCGGUGCCCUGCAUGGAGAGCGCGGUGCUGGCCCUGGCGCAGAUCGAGAACUCGGCGGCGGUGGGGGAGGCCGUGGCUGCCUACGAGGAGCAGCUGGGGCGGCGGGUGGCGCUGCCCAUGGAGAGUGUGCAGGAGCUGCUGGAGCUGCACGCCCAGUGCGAGCGGGAGGCGCUGCGGGCGUUCAUGGCGCGCGCCUUCAAGGACGACGACCGCCGCUUCCAAGGGGAGCUCAUGCACCACUUGGAGGAGCAGAAGCAGGAGCUCUGCCGCCGGAAUGAGUUGGCGUCCUUGGACCGCUGCAGGGCCGCCCUGCUGGAGCUGUCUGACGAGCUGGAGGACCGGAUCUGCCAGGGGGUCUAUUCGGUGCCUGGGAGCUACCAGCGCUUCCUGGAUGACCGGCAGUGCAUGGUGGAGAGAUACUGGCAGGUGCCGGGGAAGGGAGUAAAGGCCGAGGAGGUGCUGCAGGAGUUCCUCCAGUCCAAGGAGGCCGUGGCCCAGUCCAUCCUGCAGACGGACGAGGCCCUGACGGAGAAGGAGAAGGAGAUGGCAGCCCAGCAAGCCCGGGCCGAGGCGGCCGAGCGGGAGCAGCAGAUCCUGAAGCAGAAGGAGGCUGAGCUGCAGCAGAAGCUGGAGGACCGGGAACGCAGCUACCAGGAGAACCUGCGGCAGCUGGAGACGAAGCUGGAGGACGAGAGGAAGAAGCUGCUGGAGGAGCAGGGCAAGAUGAUGGAUCAGAAACUGAAGGAGCAGGCGGCCCUGCUGAGGGAGGGGUUCCGGGAGGAGGCCGGACGCCUGGAGGACCAGAUCCGGCACCUGCAGCAGCAGAACGAGGAGAUCCGGAAGCCGUCGUGGAUCCAGUCGGCGCUGGGGGUGCUGACCGACGUGGCCACCCUCAUGUUACCCGGCUUCAUCGGCAGGGCUGCCGGGGUCGUCACCAACUUCAUCCGGCGCCUGUUCUAUCGGCUGGGGCUGGUGACCGAGCAGGAAAGACGCUGCCCCCCGCUGAAUUCAGCCGGCUUCAACGCUGAGCGACCAGCCCCUGACGAGCACGGCUCGUCCCUGACGCUGGAGGACUGGCCCAUGCCCAUGGAGGGGCCCGUGUGCCUGGUGGGGAACGGCGCCGACGGGCAGCUGGAAGUGAUGGAGGAGGCGCUGGGGAUCCUGCGCGGCGUGGCCCAGCCCGUGGUGGUGGUGGCCAUCGUGGGGCUGUACCGCACCGGCAAGUCUUAUCUCAUGAACUCCUUGGCUGGGAAGCAGAGAGGGUUCUCGCUGGGCUCCACAGUGCAGUCGCACACCAAGGGCAUCUGGAUGUGGUGCCUGCCCCACCCGCGCCGGGCUGGCCACACCCUGGUGCUGCUGGACACCGAGGGGCUGGGCGACGUGGAGAAGGCCAAGCCCAGAGGGGAGAUCCCCUCCCUGCUCCCGCUGGAGAGCCCCCGUUUGGGAUCUCAGGCCGGCGCUAGCACAGGCGGCUGGUGCACUCGGCCCUGGAGCAGCCCCCUCUCGCCCUCCCUCAGCCCCCGGCCCAGCUUCGUGUCGGAGCUGACGGAGCACAUCAAGGUGAAGGCGCAGAGAGGGGACGACGCGGAGGAGGACACCGAGUUCGUCCGCUUCUUCCCCAGCUUCGUGUGGGCCGUGCGGGAUUUCACGCUGGAGCUGAGGAUCGAGGGGCAGCUGGUGACGGAGGAUCAGUACCUGGAGCACGCGCUGGCCCUGAGGAAAGGCAACAGCAAGAAGGUGAUGGACUACAACCUGCCGCGGCAGUGCAUCCGUAGCUUCUUCCCCAUCCGCAAGUGCUUCGUGUUUGUCCAGCCGGUGUCGCGGCAGGAGAUGGGCCAGCUGGAUUCGCUGCCCACCAGCGCCCUGGACCCGCAGUUCCUGGAGCAGACCCGCCGGUUCUGUGACUACGUCUUCCAGUGCUCGAACGUCAAGACAGUCAAAGGAGGGAUUCUGGUCAGCGGGCGAAGGUUCGGCGCCUUAGUCCGGAGCUAUGUGGACACCAUCCGCAGCGGGCAGGUGCCCUGCCUGGACAACGCGGUGACCGCCAUGGCCGCCAUCGAGAACGAGGCGGCCCUUAGGGAGGCGCUGGCUCACUACGCGGCCGGGAUGGCGGGGCUGCAGCUGCCGGCGGAGCUGGGCGAGCUCUCGGUGGCGCAUGGGAUGUGCGAGGCGGACGCCCUGCGGCUUUUCAUGCAGCUCUCCUUCAAGGAUGAGGAGCAGGGCUUCCAGAAGCGGCUGGUGGCCGGGAUCACGGAGCGAUACGCAAACAUCCUAGCAGAAAACGAGGCUGUUUCGGAGCAGACCUGCCGUGUCCUGCUGGACGAGCUCUCGGCCGCCAUGCAGCAGAAACUCAGCGCCGGGCUUUACUCCCAGCCCGGCGGGUACCAGGCCUACGACAGAGACCAGAACCAGGUGGUGGAGAAUUAUCGGGCCAAGCCCAACAAAGGGGUCAAGGCGGAGGAGGCUCUGGAGCAGUUCCUGGCCAGUAAGAAGGCGGAGGCGGAGGCCGUGCUGAAGGCCGACAACCUGCUGACCGAGGCGGAGAAGCAUGUGGCUGAGGAGAAGCAGAAGGCAGAGCUGCUGGAGCAGCAGCGGAAGGUGGCGGAGGAGAAGCAGCUGCAGAUGGAGCAGCUGAUGAAGGACCAGGAGCGCAGCCACCAGGAGAACGUGAAGCAGCUGGAGGCCAAGGUGGCGGAGGAGCUGGCCAGUGCCCGGCAGGAGGCGGAGCGGGCGCUGCAGAGCAAGCUGAAGGAGCAGGAGGCCAUGCUGCAGAAGGGCUUCGCGGAGAAAGCCAGGCUGAUGGAGGAUGAGAUCUCAGGCCUCCGGCGGGAAAUCAACUCCUCCAGCAAGACCAACUUUCUGUCAAACCUUUUCAGCACCAUCAGGGAGGGGCUGAGAGCCGUCACCAGCGUGUCCGAUCUUCUAACAUCCAGGCACCAGUGGGGGAAGGGGACGAGUAACCCGAGUAAAACCCAGAGAAGAAAGUAGCCGGACCCCUGUGGGUUCCCCCCUGGCGGCAAGUCCCACAAACGCUGCUUCUUUGCACAAUCAAAAGCUUCUGCUGACUAAUUCCUGUGAUCUGCCACAUCCCACAGCUACUAACACAGGGCCUGGAGCUGUCUGCAAAAGGAAAUCACAGGAUUCCUGGGUUCUGUCCCCAGCUCUGGGAGGGGAGCAGUGUCUAGUGGUCAGAGUGUGUGGGCUGGGAGCCAGCAUGCCUGGGUUCUGUCCCCAUCUCCUGCACUGUAAUUCUGUGAACCUUUGUGCUGAUCACAUCACUGUUCCAUGCCUCAGUUUCCCCUCUGUGAAAUGGGGACCUUCCCUCUAGGUUGGGAGGACAAAGCCUUGUUUGUCUGUUAGGUGCUAAGCGAAUGGUGCUUUCUACACGCAGUGUUAACACGGGGAUCUCCAGCGACCAGCUCCCAAUUUCCCUGCAUGCCCCUACAGCCGUGUAAAUGCAGCCCCACUCCCAGGGCUCCCACCCGCCAGUGCUGUAAUGGGGCUGCCGGGUGUCUAGGGUGACGCAGCUGUGGGGAUGUCUCCUUUCCCUGGCUCAGCAUGCUGAAAGCUGGGUCAUUAUCCCCCCGUCUGUAACGGGAAGGGCUGGCAGGUGGCUACAUGCUCCGACGCCUGUAUCUCCCUGUGCUGGGAGACUCUGCACCCUGCAGCCCGGGUCGGAAUUAAACAGGUUUGCAUGAGCUGGA